CAUUUCAAUAUUUAUAUUGAUAUCUGGUUAUUCAGUCUAAGAAAAAAAAACUUAUUACUCAUGAAUUCAUCUAUAUACUAUUUACCAAGAGUACAAAUGGCCUUUCAUUCAUUAGAUUUGUAUUAAAAGUGUGAUUAUCAACAAGGAAUAACUAACCCUAAUUGAUACAUAAUACACUAUAUAUAUAUUUUUUUAUACAUAAAUACAUAUAUCCAUACAAUAAAUAAAACUAUUAUGUAAUAAAAUGCCUCAAAAACCAAGAAUACAAAUUGGAAUUUCAUGCAGAAAUAUACCAAAAUUACUGAAAGCAUCAUACGCCAAAUUUUCAGUAUCUUACGGUGGUUAUCUACACGAAAAACAUGUAACUGAAACUGAACUUGUUUAUAAUAAUCUUUCACCAAAUUAUACUACACGUCUUAAUUUAGAAUAUUGUUUUGAAGAGAAACAAAUUAUAACAACAGAAAUAUUUGAAUGUGAACGUGAAGAUCGAGAGAAUUCCGUUCUUCUCGGUUAUAUACAGUGUACUGUUGGCCGUGUGAUCCAUAGUGGUGGUGAACUAAUUUUACCAAUAACAUGGAAUGAAGAUAUUCAAGUUGAUCGAAAUGCAUCAACAGAAGUAGUCGUUUGUAUUCGAGAAGAUCCUUUUUCUAAAGAAAAUAUUUUUAUUAAAAUGAAUGGAGCAAAUUUGGAUAAAAAAGAUUUUUUUGGUAAAUCAGAUCCAUAUGUAAUUAUCUAUCGAAGAAAUGAACGAGGAAAAUUACAAAAAUGUUACCGAAGUGAAGUGAUCAAAAAUACAUUAUUUCCAGACUGGAAACCAAUUCUUAUAUGUUUAGAUAGAUUAUGUGGAGGGAAUAUUGACUGUGAAUUAUAUUUCCGAUGCUUUGACUGGGAUGGAGCUGUAGGUGAUUCUGAAGAUGUUGAUACAGAAAUUGAUGAUCUAAUUGGUGAAUUUAAUACAACCGUUAGCCGUUUGUUGAACAGUAACGAAAAUGGAAUUGAAUUUCAGUUGAUUAAUAUGCCAAAGAAAAAACGGAAAAAAUGCUAUCAGAAUUCUGGUCUACUCACUGUAAAAUUAUAUUUUGCUCAAUCGAAAUUUUCAUUUCUUGAUUAUAUAUUUGGUGGUCUAAGUAUAAAUGUAGUUGUGGCUGUCGAUAUGUCAACUCAUGCUUCAAUGAAUUCAAUAACAAAUACACCCAGUCAACAAAUAGAAUUAUCUCAAUCUCAUACAGAAUAUGAAGUUGCUAUACAAGCUGUAAUGGAAAUACUUCAAGAAUAUGACAGUGAUCAACUAUUUCCUGCUUUUGGAUUCGGUGCAAAGGUUUCAUCAGGUGGUAAAUUAUCUCACAGAUAUCCAUUAAAUGGAGAUGUAAACAAUUGUUUUUGUAAAGGUAUGGUAGGUGUACUUUCAGCUUAUAGGCGUUGUUUAACUGAUUUAUAUUCAUCUGGUCCAAUAUUAUUUGCACCAAUCAUUCGAGAAGUUAGCGAAGCAGCUAAACGAAGUGAAGCAGCUGAUAAUUAUUAUGUUCUAUUAAUAUUAACUAAUGGUACUGUAGAUGAUUGGAUUGAAACUAAAAAAUCUGUAAUUGAAACUUCAUUUCUUCCCAUAUCUAUCAUUGUACUCGGUGUUGGUGGUGGAAAGUUUUCAGAAAUGGAAAUUUUGGAUCAGGAUUUUGGCUUACUGAAAGUUGGUCAAGAACAAGCUUGUAGAGAUAAUGUACAAUUUGUACAAAUGCGACGAUUUUUACGAUUAGCAGCCGACGGAUCAGAUAGUAUUCGCUGGAGUAAAGUAGCAUUAGCUAAAGAGGUAUUAGCUGAAUUACCUUCACAAAUUUUAGAAUAUUUAGACAAAAAUCAUCUUAGUCCACAACAUCUUGUACCUAGACAAGCAGAAAAACUAAGUGAUUUAACAAAUCCUGAUUGGUGGAGACGAUUUACUCAACCAUUAUCUGAAAAUCAAAUUAAUCCAAUAAGUAAUUUAUCUGAAGAUGAAAAUGAUGCUUUUCAACGUUUACAAUUAAUUGAUAAAGAUAAUCAAUCAAAAACAUCAUCUAAUUCACCAAUUAGUUCAACAUCUUCUGAUCAAUAUUAUUGUAAAUCUGGACAAAUAUUUAAUUUAUCUGAUAAUAAUAAUAAUUCUACAUUAAAUGAAAUGAAAAGUUAUUCUAUGAAUCAAUCAUCACCUAAAAAAUCUAUUAUACCAUUAUAUCGUCAAAUGUCAUUAGGUACAACAAAAUUAUCAGAGAAUUAUCCAACUAAAACACGUUUUCGUCGUUUACCAAGUGGUUUAGAUACAAAUAGAAUUUCAUCAACUCGAUCCAAUAAUAACACGACUGGUAAUAGUUCAAAAUAAUAAAAUUUAAAAGAAAAAAAUUUUUUUCUUCUAUUAUUAAUAAUAAAUAAAUAAAAUAAAUAACACAAUGUAAAAUGUAAUUUACUUCUUAUAUAUAUUUUUUUUCUUUAAUAAAACAAAAAUGAAGAUAUUUAAAAACAGAAAUAUAUUUGUUAUUUUAAUUGAUUGAUUUAUUGAUUAAUUGAGAUGAAUUUGUUUGUUUGUUUUUACUUCUUUUUGUGAAGGAGAAAAAUAAAAGAAGUGGAAACAAACAAUUUUAUUCCUGUGUUAUUUUAAUUGAACAUUGUACAUGUAAACAAUAUACAACUAGACUACUACUACUACUACUACUAUUAAUAAUAAUAAUAUUCAUAAUAAUAAAUAAAUAAAUAAACCUGAGAGAUAGUACUGUAUGAUAAUGAACUCUUUAAAGUGCCUCAUUGACAUUUGUUUUGUUGUUGUUUUUUUGUUGCUUUUUUGAUAAGCUAACUCAUUAGACACAUAGAGAUGAUAGUAAUUUGUCACUGAUCAACUUGAAAGUAGAUUAAGAAAAAUUAAAUAAAAUUACAAUGAUUAUGUAUUUUGUCUUGUUUUUUUUAAAUUUCAC